UUGCUCGACACGCUCCAACGCCAGGUCGACACCUUGGAGUUUCAGCACAGACAAUUACUUGCGAAGUGCCACCAGCGGGAUGCAAGCCCAACGCCACCAUGCCACGAUGUGGGCUUCAACAACAAGGCGUACGUGGAGCUGACGCAGAUGCAGUGCGCAUUAAUUAAGGAGAAUGCCGAGCUGGCUCGCCUCAACGCCAGCUUCUUGGCUACUGAGAAGCAGCUCAACCAGUUUGCUGACGCUCAAAAUCGCGAAAACAAGAAAAUGCAACAAGAACAGGAGCACAAGCGGACGAACCCAACGCUAUUAAAUAUUCGACUGACGCAAGAAUAUCUCUCUAACAUUGCGGGCGUGGCUUAUGGAGAAUUCAAGGCAUUUCGAGAGAGCAAGUUGCACUCGUCCAUCGGAACGACCGUGUUCGGUUGGAGGCACCGACACAUUUUCCACUCAGACAAGCUCAUGUUCUCGCUGGACAAGGUCUUCCCCUAUCAUUCGAUGCAGAAGAUGGCACAGGGUAUCUGGGAAGUCGUAUCCCAGCCAGAGUUGUCCAAGAUCAUUAGUCCGCGCGACGCAACCAUGCACUUCCACGUCGUGCAGCGAGUAAGCGAAGACGCAGUCAUUUUCGUCCACACUGUUGACCGCGAAGACUCGGACGAGCGUCUUCAAGCGUUCAUACUGUCGAUGCGCAUAGAUCUCGGGUCGGAUGGCUCCCUCAUGAUUUUCCGCACUCUCGAUCCUAAGCGCGACCGACAGUUCCUCCGCACAUGCGACCAGCCCUACCUUAGUUUCUCGAGUUGA